AUGAAGAGGAAGCAGAAGAGAUUUCUGCAGAUGACUUUGGUAUUCAUGGUGGCUUUAAUAUUCCUGCCCAACAUUGGCCUCUGGUCUCUGUACAAGGAUAAGCAUCUGGUGAAAUCUACGGAGCCCGGGGAGCAGCAGACAUUUCCACUGGGCCUGGGAGAUGGGCAAUUCUAUGCAUGGACAGAUGGUUUGAGAAGAAAAGACUGGCAUGACUAUGAAAGCAUUCAGAAAGAGGCUAUGCGCUCAGGGAAAGGUGAACACGGGAAACCCUACCCCCUCACUGAAGAGGACCAUGACGACUCAGCUUACAGGGAAAAUGGCUUCAAUAUCUUUGUCAGCAACAAUAUUGCUCUAGAGAGAUCACUGCCCGAUAUUCGUCAUGCUAAUUGUAAGCACAAGAUGUACCUGGAAAGACUGCCAAACACCAGCAUCAUUAUCCCAUUUCACAAUGAAGGUUGGACUUCACUCCUGCGUACCAUACACAGUAUAAUUAACCGAACCCCAGAGAGUCUGAUAGCAGAAAUCAUCCUGGUAGAUGACUUCAGUGAUAGAGAACACUUGAAGGAUAAGUUAGAGGAAUACAUGGCCCGCUUUUCCAAAGUAAGGAUUGUUCGCACCAAGAAAAGGGAAGGGCUCAUCCGGACCCGACUCUUGGGGGCUUCGAUGGCGAGGGGAGAAGUCCUGACGUUCCUGGACUCCCACUGCGAGGUCAACGUGAACUGGCUGCCCCCGCUCCUCAACCAAAUUGCACUAAACCACAAAACCAUCGUGUGCCCCAUGAUCGAUGUCAUUGACCACAAUCACUUUGGGUAUGAGGCGCAAGCUGGGGACGCCAUGCGAGGCGCCUUCGACUGGGAAAUGUACUACAAAAGAAUCCCCAUCCCUCCAGAGCUCCAGAGGGCAGAUCCCAGCGACCCUUUUGAGUCUCCUGUUAUGGCUGGAGGUCUCUUUGCUGUGAACCGAAAAUGGUUUUGGGAGUUAGGUGGCUAUGAUCCAGGUUUAGAAAUCUGGGGAGGAGAACAGUAUGAAAUCUCUUUUAAGGUUUGGAUGUGUGGAGGAGAAAUGUUCGACGUUCCAUGUUCUAGAGUUGGCCAUAUCUACAGGAAGUACGUCCCUUAUAAAGUUCCAUCCGGGACCAGCCUGGCUAGAAACUUGAAGCGAGUGGCUGAGACCUGGAUGGAUGAAUUUGCUGAGUACAUUUACCAGCGACGCCCAGAGUACAGGCACCUCUCCACAGGGGACAUCUCUGCCCAGAAGGAGUUACGCAAACAGCUCAAGUGCAAGGACUUCAAAUGGUUCAUGGCUGCAGUGGCCUGGGAUGUGCCCAAGUACUACCCUCCUGUGGAGCCCCCACCCGCCGCCUGGGGAGAGAUUCGAAACGUGGCAGCCAACCUUUGCGUGGACAGCAAACACGGAGCCACAGGCACCGAGCUCAGGCUGGACAUCUGUGUCAAGGACGGUUCUGAGAGGACGUGGUCGCACGAACAGCUCUUUACUUUUGGAUGGAGAGAAGAUAUUCGACCUGGGGAGCCGCUGCACACCCGGAAGUUCUGCUUUGAUGCCAUCUCACACCACAGCUCCGUCACUCUCUAUGACUGUCAUGGCAUGAAGGGGAACCAGCUCUGGGGACACCGGAAGGACAGAACACUGUUCCACCCUGUGAGCAACAGCUGCAUGGAUUGCAACCCUGCAGAGAAGAAGAUUUUCAUGGCCAGAUGUGACCCUCUAUCUGAGACUCAGCAGUGGAUUUUUGAACAUAUCAAUACAACUGUUUUAGAAAAAUUUAACCAUCAUGCCAGCUCCUAG